AUGCCUAUCCCCUCACUCCCGCUGUUCCUGGCGGCGCAACAACACGCGCAAAAUGACCCCGCGAAAGUGGCCGUGCUCGACGCAACCAAGCAACAAUCCUUCACAUACACUCAGCUCCUCGAGGAUGCAGCUGGUCUCAGAAAGCAGAUUACAGAACAGCUAGGAUUGACCGACUUGGAAGAACGGCGUAUUGCUUUUCUUGUGCCGAAUGGUUAUGACUAUGUGGUGACCAGCUGGGCAAUUUGGGCUGCUGGUGGAGUUUGUGUGCCACUCUGCACGAGUCAUCCUGCCAAAGAAUUGCUAUACGUCAUUGGCGAUUCGGACCCGUCUCUAGUUAUCAUCCAUCCUACUUUUGACAAGAUUGCACCCGCUUUGCGUGAGGGAUGUACUAUCGAGGUCCCCUUCAUGGGCCUUGACCCAUUCACAAAGAACGAAGCCCCGUCGCUGCCAUCCUUUACGUCGUCUUUGGCUCUUGAUAGACGCGCUCUUAUGGUUUACACCAGUGGAACCACAUCAAACCCGAAAGGGUGUGUUUCUACGCAUGAGACGAUAACAUUCCAGGCCAGCUGUCUCGUCAAAGCCUGGAAUUAUAGCCCAAAGGACUAUCUCAUUCACGUUCUCCCACUUCACCACAUCCACGGGAUCAUCAACGGACUAGUCGCUAGUCAUCUGGGCGGUGCCACUGUAGAGAUGCACCCUAAGUUUGACCCUCAUGUGAUCUGGGGGCGAUGGCAAGCCCAAGAAUCUACUCUCUUCUUCGCUGUCCCUACCAUCUAUUCUCGUCUAAAUGACUACUUCGACACUCACAUCCGUGGAACAGCCCAGGAGGAUGCUGCUCGAGCUGGAGCUCGCGCUUUGCGUCUUGUUGUCAGUGGUUCAGCCGCCCUUCCGACCCCCAUAAAAACCAAGUUUGGUGAAAUCACCGGUCAAACCUUACUGGAGCGGUAUGGAAUGACCGAGAUCGGUAUGGCCUUGAGCUGUGGACUUGAAGUCGAGAAGCGUAUUGAUGGAAGUGUUGGCUGGCCGCUUCCCGGGGUCCAGAUUCGAUUGACUGACAAGGAAACUGGCCGUAUUGUGGAAGAAGUUGGCGAGGACGGUAUGAUUGAAAUCAAAGGAGGAAAUGUCUUCCUUGAGUACUGGCGUAAGCCUGAGGCUACUGCCUCUGAAUUCACGGCAGAUGGAUGGUUCAAAACAGGAGAUGUGGCCAGGCGCGACGCCGACGGUGCAUACUUCAUUCAGGGCCGCGCAUCAGUGGAUGUAAUCAAGUCUGGCGGCUACAAAAUUUCCGCGCUUGAAGUCGAACGCAAAAUGCUGGCCUUGGAAUCCAUUCAGGAAGUAGCUGUGGUCGGUUUGAAGGAUGAAGAAUGGGGUCAAAGAGUGAGCGCAGUGGUCAAAUUUCGAGGCACUCCGCUCGACCUGCAGACUCUUCGGGCACAACUGAAAACCGAAAUGGCGGCUUAUAAAGUCCCCACCGUCUUAAGGGCCGUCGAUGCCAUCGAGCGGAAUGCUAUGGGCAAAGUAAACAAGAAGAUUCUUGUGCAGAAGUACUGGCCGGACAAGAUUUAA